GUCAUUUCACUUCCUCCUUGGCUGUGGCAAGAGCACAGAUGAGAGGGAGGGAGGUACCAUCAGACAGCUCUCUCUCUCUGUGCUUUUUCACAAAAAAGACUGAACUGGGGCUGAAACUGAAACAGGGCAAGACUCGUAAAAGCAGUGCAGUCUCUUGCUCUCCUUCAUUCUCACAGUUUCCUGUUUAAGGAGGCCAUUUUGUAACUCAGCCUGGAGAAGAGCACAACAAAGUCUGGCAUUGUUUUUGUUUUUUGUCUCCCACAGCCGGGAGUUUCACAAUCAAGUUUGGACUUUCUCCUGUGCAGAGCAACUUCUUUGGACAAGAGAGGUGAAGGGGGGGGGGGGGGGGAGAAGGCGGAGGAGGAAAAGCAGCAGGGGGGUAGUUUUCUCCCUCAGUGUGUUUCUUUUAUGAGUCUCUCACACACAUUGCUCAUGCUUGUCAUGCCUGGACAAUAACAGGAGUCUGGCGACGAGAGAGCGCGAACGAAGUGGCUGAAAAACCAGCGCUUCCUGGAUAAGGAUUUCUCCCUUGAUCCACUGGGAGGGGGUGGACACAGGACACAAAGGAACCGGUACUCUCUGCUUUUUGUGUGUGUGUGUGUCCAUGUAUCAGUUUGUGUGCCCCUCUAUCCUCCACUGAGACAGUUUGAAUGACUGUGGGUUUUCUGGGAACUCUAGACUGCACCUGGGCGUGUGUUUGUGAGUGUGUAUGUUGAGAGCUUCAGGCAGCCAGCAGACAGGACUCUGAAUGGCUAACGCUAGCCCUUGUAUGCCCUCAGGGGCCAUGGCCCAGGUCUUCUUUCCUCCUGGGGGGUCCUCACCACCCGGCUCAGGAGUGAUGCAGCAGGGGACCCCCAUAUCUAUGCCCUCUAUGCCCACUCAGGGUGGUUUUCCUGUGAUGGACUUGAUACCAGGGCAGGGUCAUGGUGGGGUUGUGAUGCCCUCAUUGCCUCCAACUCCAGCAGGGGUGUCCUUCAUCAUCCAGAUUGGCCUGACCAGAGAAUCUGUCCUGAUGCCCCAGACUGCUGACCUGGCCUACGUGAAACAAAUUGCUUGCUCCAUUGUCGACACCAAGUUCCCAGAGUGUGGCUUCUAUGGCAUUUAUGACAAGAUUUUGCUGUUUAAGCAUGACACAUCCACCAACAACAUCUUGCAACUCGUUAAAGGUGCCAGUGACAUUCAGGAGGGAGAUCUGGUGGAGGUGGUGCUCUCUGCGGCAGCCACAUUUGAAGAUUUCCAGAUACGGCCCCACGCACUCAAUGUACACUCAUACCGGGCCCCAGCCUUCUGUGACCACUGUGGAGAGAUGCUGUUCGGACUGGUCAGACAAGGGCUCAAGUGUGACGGAUGUGGACUAAACUACCACAAGCGCUGUGCAUUCAGCAUCCCAAACAACUGCAGUGGGGCUCGUAAACGGCGUCUGUCCACCACCUCCCUGAGCAGCAGCCAGUCCCUGCGUCUCUCCACCACAGAGUCAGUGUACAGUGUAGGGACGGCCUCCACCUGCACAGAGGAUGCCAGCCUAAUCCGCUCACACACACAAAUGCCACGGACCCCUAGUGAAGCUCGGCGCUUCUACACGGGCCGACCUGUUCAUUUGGACAAGAUCCUGAUGAGCAAGGUGAAGGUGCCCCACACGUUUGCUGUCCACUCGUACACACGACCGACAGUGUGCCAGUACUGCAAGAGGCUUCUUCGAGGACUUUUCAGGCAGGGCCUUCAGUGCAAAGACUGCAAGUUCAACUGCCAUAAACGCUGUGCAUACAAGGUUCCUAAUGACUGCCUCGGGGAGACAAUUGGAGACAACAGAAGUAACUGCGACAUUUUGAGUCCUAGUGCAGACCCUGAGGUUCCCAUGGACUACAGCAAUGAGUACGACACCUCAGAUAAGUCUUCAAUGGAUGACUCAGAUGAUGCCUGCAGCAUCCCUGGGUCCUUUGCUCCUGACAACAACCAGGAUGGAACCAGCGGUGAUCAGAGUGUUUACAUCCCGCUAAUGAGGGUGGUACAGUCGGUGAGGCAGACAACCCGUCGAUCCAGUACGGCUAUCAAGGAAGGAUGGAUGGUUCACUACAGCAAUAAGGACACACUGAGAAAGAGGCACUACUGGCGUUUGGAUUGUAAGUGCAUCAUCCUUUUCCAGAACAACACCUCCAACAAAUACUACAAGGAGAUCCCUCUGUCUGAGAUCCUGGAGGUGCGUCCCGGUGGCAACUUCAGUCUUGUCCCCCCAGGCACAAAUCCUCACUGUUUCGAGCUCAUCACAGGCACCAUGUGCUACUUUGUAGGAGAGGACCCCAACACCCUCCCCGCUCUGUCCCCCAGCAACCCCCAGACUCUCCCCCCAACCCCUCCCUCCCCCAGCCAAGUAGCUCCCAACAGCGGCAUUGGGCGUGAGGUGGCCAAAGCAUGGGAGAGCGUCAUUCGCCAGGCCCUCAUGCCAGUCAUCUUUCAGGACGCACCACCUGCUGCGGGGAACACAACUCACAGACAAGCCUCCAUCAGCAUAUCUGUAUCCAACAGUCAAAUCCAAGAGAAUGUGGAUAUUGGUACAGUGUACCAGAUUUUUGCUGAUGAAGUGCUGGGAUCUGGGCAGUUUGGAGUAGUGUAUGGAGGUAAGCACAGGAAGACAGGGAGGGACGUAGCUGUCAAAGUCAUAGACAAGCUUCGCUUUCCCACCAAGCAGGAGAGCCAGCUGAGGAAUGAGGUGGCCAUACUUCAGAGUUUACGUCACCUGGGCAUUGUGAACCUGGAGUGUAUGUUUGAAACCCCAGAGAAAGUGUUUGUGGUAAUGGAGAAGCUACAUGGUGACAUGCUGGAGAUGAUCCUCUCCAGUGAGAAAGGCAGAUUGCCUGAGAGGCUCACUAAGUUCCUCAUCACACAGAUUCUUGCAGCUCUGAGACAUCUGCACUUUAAGAACAUUGUUCACUGUGAUCUGAAACCCGAGAAUGUGCUGCUUGCCUCUGCUGAUCCCUUCCCCCAGGUGAAGUUGUGUGACUUUGGUUUUGCCCGUAUCAUCGGCGAGAAGUCUUUCCGUCGCUCGGUGGUCGGUACCCCCGCCUACCUGGCCCCGGAGGUUCUGCUGAACCAGGGCUACAACCGCUCACUGGACAUGUGGUCGGUUGGCGUCAUUAUGUAUGUCAGCCUGAGUGGGACAUUCCCGUUUAAUGAGGACGAAGAUAUCAACGACCAGAUCCACAAUGCAGCCUUCAUGUACCCUCCCAACCCCUGGAAACAGAUCUCCAGUGAUGCAAUCGACUUGAUCAACAACCUGCUGCAAGUUAAGAUGAGGAAACGCUACAGUGUGGACAAGAGUCUCAGCCAUGUAUACUUACAGGACUAUCAGGCAUGGCUGGAUUUGCGGGAACUGGAGACUAAACUUGGCGGGCGCUACAUCACCCAUGAGAGUGAUGACAGCCGCUGGCAAAUGUUUGCCCGUGAACAUACUCUGCCUUACCCUGCUCACCUCGUGCCUCCUCCUCCUGCACCGGCCUCUGAUGAUGAGGAAGGCAAGGAGGAUGCAGAUGUGCAAGGCCUCACUGAGAGGGUCAGCAUCCUCUGACCAGAGAGAGACAGAUGACUCAAGCUCAUUUAGGAAGGAGAAAAGAAGUAGGGAGAGGGAUGGAGGAAGGGAUGGUCGACCUAGAGCCCGAAAGAGACAUAAAGUUGCUAAAAAUCAUAUGGUUCUAAUAAGAAUAGUAUCCAGCUGUUCAGACUUUCACAGCACAGCAUCUGUGUGCCAGCACUCAAUUUUACAGCAAUAAAUCCAAUUUCUCUGCUCCAGCCUGAGGUCAUCAAAACUUUCUUCUGAUAAUUUCCCGCUGCUGUUAUUGGUCUUUAUCUUUUGAAUCGUUGAACUCUGUUCAUGAUAAAGACUGACUGCUUGACUCUAUUUCAUAUCCUCUGUGUGACUGGACUGGGGCGUCUUUACAGAUCAAAUCUGAGUCAACUUGAAAAGCAGCAUGUUCUUCAUGUCAUACAAAAAUGCUCCAAAUAUGAAGCAAGAAAUGCCAUUUCACCACAAGCGAUUAAGAUAGGAAUUUUGUGUAGGUGUGUUUAUCGAGGCAUUUUUAAAAUGUUAAUAUUUAAAAUGAAAUUGCCUCCCAUUAAAAGAGAGAUAACAUUUGUUUUUAGUGUCAAUUAAUUGGACUGGCUGGAAUUACAGUCCCUCUUAUGUCUUCAGUAAAGAUCGGUUCAAUCUCUUUUCAGAGAUGGAAGGCUUUACAGUGACAAAAAACGUCCUCUGUGCUGGUAAUUACUAAUGUGCAGGCAAGGAGUCAAACCCAUCUAUAUUCACAAAUGCAUUCCCAUGAAUGCAUGUCCUGUAGUGUAGACUGGAAGUAUUAAUCUGGUGACAGAACAUCCUCCAGUAAUUACCACUACUUUUGAGUUACAAUAGACAGAUAUGCAAUGAAAGACAUCAUUGCGGGUUUAAAUGAACUCUAGCAUUGGGCUGUUCAUUACCUGCCACGACAGGACAGUUUUUAACAGGCUGCUGAGAGCUGACAUAUUAUACAACAUCAGCAGCAAUGACUGUUGCUGAAUGGUGAAAAUGGCUUCUAAUGUGUUGAGUCGCCCAAUCAUGGUGAACAUGUCUUCACAGUUGUGUGUACAUAAGAUUCAAAUACUGUCAUUGAAGGCAGCAUUUUUACACCUGAGCAGGUAAAUGGACACCUCUUUUAAACAACACAGCUCCUUUUUAUAUUGUUGUUAAGAAGAGCAGACCUCUCCCUAUGAUGUAUGUGCAUAGAUGGACUGCUUGGGUUACUAAACUAGAUUUUGGAGAGUGUAUGUAGUUUGAUUAUUGACUACCUGUCAUGUCAAUGUGUUGCAUGUUUCUGUGAAGUAGAAUUAUCUAGAUACAAUAUAAAACAUACUGUAGUUAUGACGGUCUAUUAUACACACGUGUAACCUGAAGUUUAUGUAGUAUUCAAAUAUGCGUAUGUGUAUGACAUGUUUGAAGGAAAAUCUAGCCUUGGUAACAGAUAAUACAAACCUUGAACAAAAUUA